UCCUCUUGGAAAUUGCUGUGUCCUUUAAAUAUCGUUUCCUCCCUUCCGCUUCCCUAUCCUCUGUGUCUCCUCCCUCGAACCCCACAGCUCGUCGGCGUCGGCGCCGCAGCCAUGCCGGCCGCUUUCUCCAUCAGGGGAUACGCGGAGAGCAUGAGGGGCACGGCGGCGGCGGAGCUCGGGCCGUUCGGCUUCACCGUCAAGGAUUUGCCGCCGAUGGAGGUGCGGCUGUUCCGGUGGUGGGAGAACGAGCUUGCCGCCGUCAAGGCUGCGGAGGCGGACGAAGAGGAGGAGGCGCUGGGGAAGGGGAGGGCGCCGAAGAAGCGGUCCAUCUCCGACCUCUUCGCAGCGGCGCCCCCCGUGGACGCGUCCGACGGCGGCAACGCGGCGGAGGAGGACGAGGAGGAGGCCCUGUGCGCCAUCAUGCGGCGGACCAAGCUGAGGCGGAAGCGGAAGCGGAAGCUGGAAGCGGCGGCGGCGGCGGAGGAAACGACGGGAGGAGAAGGGAGCGAGGCGUUGGGGAAUUCCGCCCGAAAGAAAGCACUUGACAAGCCAAAUUUGCGAGAUGAACUGGAUACUCCUGAGGCAUCAAAGGAACCUGAAGAUGAACAUCAUCUCAGUACAGAGAAGGAAAAGACCCCAGAUCUUAAAGGAAGGAAGCAUGGAAAAAUCAAUAGCUUACAGAAGAAGGCUGAUAUGCUAAAGUAUAUUGAGAGUAGAAAGGCUAUUAAGGUGGGGAAACAGCGAGACAUUAAAAAAAUGCUCCCUUUGCAUAGCAUUAUGAAGAAGUACACAAUGCACACAUCUGUCAAAAUGGUUAAGGAAAAACGUGGCAAUUUAAAAGGCACUGGAGUCAUAGAACUCUGCCGCAAAUCAGUAAGGCGUGUCAAAUUCUCGGAAGCGAAUGAUGUACUUGGCAGUAAGAAGCAAAGUUCUAAGAUACCCCAACUGGAAAGUCUCUGCAAGAUAUUCUCUGAUGCUAUGACUUCAUCAUCAUCCACAGACAUGUCCAGUGAAGGGGAGAAACACAUUGUUGCAGAAAGUAGUAGUUCUCACAUGCCUGAGAAAGCCUUCACUAAGGCUAAGGAAGCAAAUGAGAAUAAAAAUUACGAGAAUGACUGUGAGCUCAGCAACACCGGGUUGUCCACCUGUUUGUUUGAUCUGAAUCAGGCUCUCCCAGAAUCUACUGAUUUCAACAGCCCGUACAUUCCAAGUUCAAAGGUGUCAUAUCUUGAGCAUACACAGGAUGGAACUUUCAGUAUGGAUCAACAAGUUCUUGAUAAUGGAAGAGAAAACCAGAAAGAUUUGUUUUUUGAUCCACGCGGACCGGAACACCAGCAGCAUGCUACUGACUUGGACACCAGAACUAAAGGCAAGUCCCUUUAUGCACUGCCAAACCGUAUGGUUCAGGAUUCAGUUCAGCUGCAACAAAAUUGGUGCUCCAUGACUCUGCAUCACGGUGUCUCUCAGCUUUCAACUGGAGGUGAACCUCCUUCCUGUCAAUGUCGAGAAUAUAAUCUGUCACAUAGUGAGAAGCCAAAUUUUCAUUCAGAAAUGAACUUGCAACAAGAAUCUAGGCCUGCUGCAGGACAAACUGUGCGCUUGAUGGGUAAAGAUCUUACAGUAUCCAAAACCAGAGUUGACUAUUUGGCUGAGACAGCACAGAAUGACACAGGUACUUUUAAAGACUAUCUUAACACAAAAAUGGUCUUGAAAUUGCCGCGACAAGGCCAGCCUUUCCUAUCAUUACAAGCUCAGAGUAUCCCCAUUGUUUCAGCAAAUUCUGCAAUCACAGCUCAGGCGCAUUUUGGAUACAGAACCCCGCAUGAUUUCAGUCACCCUUUGCCCACUGCCAGUGUGUUCUCUGGUGAUCCAUCACCAUAUGAAGACAGGUCCAGGAACUUUACGAACUUGCAGUCUCAUCAAAAUGUUCUAUUGGGGUGUCCAGCUCUUCCCAAUCAUGGCAGUGCAGCAUUCCUUCAGAAUUCGGCAGCUCCAUGGCGUUAUUACUCUGAUCAUUCCACUAGGACAGAAUCACCCUCAGCUUCAUUUUUGCCUACGAUCACGCGACAUGUGACACCGUAUUCAGAUUACCAUGCCAAUUUGCCUCAGCCAUAUGUUGUGUAUUCUGCAAGCUCAUCAGUGCACCCUUAUAACUCUGCGAGUUUUACAUGGAGUCACCCAGACCAGGUAGUUAAAGGAGUUCCUGAUAGCAGAGCUUCUACAGCCCUUCCAUCCAGAAAUGCAGACACUGGAACGGCAAGAGCUGUUCCUGACAACUUUAAUACUCCAUCUAGCAGCCGUUAUGUGGUGAGAUCAGGCCCGGUAAAGCUCUGUGCUGGGGCGAAGCAUAUCCUGAUGCCGAGUGAGAACACGGAAGACGACAAUUCUGCACCAGUGUAUUCUUGUGUGUCCUUCAGUAGCAAUAAUGGAAAUGUUUCAGCGCCUCAGAAUAAAGGAGCAGAUUUCCGUAAGCUCUAGUCCAAAAGCUGGAGUAGUUUGCGCAUCUGUUUUCUGAGCAGCUGCUGAGCAACUCGGUGGAGGUGUUGAAGAUGGUGGCAAAUGCAAUCGAUGAUGGUGAUGUAGAACUUAUAAUAUACAAUCUGGAGGAUGUCAAAGAAAAUGAGCUCAUUUGGAGGGUGUAUGGUUUUGUGGCCUGGAACACUUUCAAAUCCCUUUAGUUUCUUCUUAGAGAGAGAGAGAGAGAGAGAGAGAGAGAGAACCCGUUAGUUCUGUAGUUGGAUUUGUUUUCGUUAAGAAAAAUGGCAAGUGCGCUCAGGUGUGAAGCAUGUGAACUUCUAGAGCAUACCUGAAGUGUUUAUGUAGCUACCGGUGACAAAAUAGAAUCUAAAUGCGACUAAAAAGUUUGUGAGUGGUACAAUUGGUGCGCCAUCUGGAUUUCAUGUCAUAAAGGGAAGACUUGCAUAGUUCUUUAAUGUUGUACCACUCACAAACUCCAUGUUAGAUGAUUAAUUGUCGUCUUUUUCAUUGAAACCAAAUUGCAAGUGCAAAUAUCAUGUGCAUAAA